UCUGCAUUCUCCCGCAGGCAGUGCGACCUGUAUGGCAAUAGCGCCGCGGCCAAGUAGGUGUGCCCUCAUGUUCCUGGACAAGCGUCGGCACCGAGCUUCGUGUUCUGGCGUUGCUCACACCCUCCUUUCCCCCAACAACCUUGCAAGCGACCUUCUUUAGCUCCUCGUUUACCAUGAGCCUCGUCCUCCAGGCUAUAUGGGUUUCUCAAUAGCGGAUUCUUGGCAACUGGCACGACCAGAUGAAUCCUCCAAUGGAGAAAAAAAAAAGAAAAAAUUACUAGGCUCUCGAAAUCAGCGCACUAAUGCCAAGCAUGCACAAGCUGAUUUGAUUAUCGCGCCAGCCUGGAAGAGACGGCGCGCGAAAAGCCACUACCAAUCUCCUUUCUCCCUUGUCGAUUCUAUGUCGUUGACGUAUCUUACACCUCAUCGUGCCUCCAAGUUACCAGGGUGCGCUGUUUCGUUCAGGGACACUAAUGCUUUUCUUUUCUGGUUCUCUAUUCAUGGGAUGUCCCGAUGGGAUCAGCUUGGGUGUCAUGAAUGCCCUCCCCGGCAUAAUGCAAUUGUCAUUUUUGCGACAUGCUGCAUUGCAUUCUGCCGGAGCCAAACAGCAUUGCCAUCUCAAAUCGUCGAUCCACGCCCGGGGGGAGGGGGGGAGAUGGGGGGCUACCACUAGGCAGGCUUGCCUCAAUCCUUUUCUUAUGCCCGAGACAAUGACCAUCGACGAUCAUUCCACAGAAGACUCCGUACGGGUACUAUUCUGGGACGUGCUCGUACCCGUAGUGGUUCCGCGUACCAAACUUGAGCUCCUUUAUUAUUCGGCUAAAAGGUGCUUCAGCCAGAGCUAGUGACCUCAUCUGUUGUUUUGUUUUUUGUUUACUCUAGAAGACUCGGUGAAUCCCAGUAACUGAGGGGCAAUGGC